AUGACUUAUCAACUAAAAAAAAUAGAUCGAAUAAUUAACAGCAUUAAGGAUGAUGACCUUUUUAAGCAAGCGCUUACCCACGCUUCUUACUGUAAUGAAAAUAAUUUGGGUUUCUCUUACGAAAGGCUAGAAUUCUUAGGUGAUGAAAUUUUAAAUUUUUAUACUUCUCUUUUCAUUUAUCAUAAUUUUCCCGAUUUUGCCGAAGGAAAGAUGAGCAAGUUGAAACAAUUAAUGGUGCAAGAGAGUACAUUGGCUUAUUUAAGCCGAGAAAUUGGGCUGAACCGGAUGAAUGAAGAAGGAAAACUAGAAUAUUUAAAAUUAGGGGAAGGAGAAAUGAAAAACCAAGGAGCUAACAAAAGUAGUAUUUUGGCUGACAUAUUUGAAUCUUUUGUAGCGGCUUUAUAUUUAAAAAAAGGUGGCAAAACUGUUUAUCGCUUUCUUAGUUUAACUGUUUUUACUUGA